UGUCUUACCAAACGGUUGGAAUCGACUGCGAAUCCCCCGCUCCGCAUAAACAUUUUGUACGUAAAGGCCGUGUCUUUUAAGCGACGGUGUUUUCUAUUGCCUCCGUGACAUGAUCGUAUAAUUAUAGCGCUUAGCUGCAGUGUGACAAUGUUACUACACGAAAGUGCCAACAUGGAACAAAGUGUGCCCGAGAAUCUCAGCACUCAUGUGUUUAACGACUGUGAAAUCAAGUUGCAAACACCAUGUCACGAUCCCAUGGAUAGUGAGAACGGUUCCAACAGUGAUUUGCCCACCAAAGAUUCCGUGUCCAGUCCCAGUGCCACAACCCCCAAUACAUCCCUCACCAGCAGCAAUGGCAGCUCCAAUAGCACCACAAACACAACCAAAGUGAAACUUAGUUUCAGUGUGGAUCGUUUGUUAAGCGCCGAGCGCAUCGAUCCUUUGCCCAUGCCAAACCCAGCGUCCACGCAAGAAUGCUGUGAGGGUAGUGUCUAUGCCUGCUGCACCUUCUCCAGCUGCUUUGGACAACAGACAACUGAGGCUGCCAAGCACGCUUCAAUGUCUGCGUCACAAGGCAUGACAAAUCCACAUAACUAUAACUACGCGGGAUUGGAUAAGUUCUAUUCGGGCAUAUAUAUGGAUUACAAGUCAGUGCUGAGACCGACGCCCAUUCGAGCAGCUGAUCAUGCAACAACCUUUCCGUCGCUGGCAACGAACGCACUGCUGCGUUUCCAUCAACAGCAGCAGCAACAUCAUCAUCAUCAUCAGCAGCAGCAACAUAUUCAAACACAACAGCAGUCAACGACGUCGUCAUCGUCGGCUGCGACUGCGGCUGCUGCGCUGCUGGCGCCUUUGAAUAGCCUCAAGACACUGCAGUUAACGCAGCAGCAACGUUUCUUGGCCAAAACAGCGCAUCCACAGUUGCUGGACAUUCCGACAACGGCAACAGGUGUUGCAAACUCGUUACAAAAUGGCGGCCACGGCAAUAACAGCAACAGCAACAGCAUCAACAGCAACAACAGCAGCAGCAUUAGCAACAGCAACAACAGCAAUGGCAAACGGAAACGUUCGUGGUCGCGAGCCGUGUUCACAAAUCUGCAGCGAAAAGGACUCGAGAUACAAUUCCAGCAACAGAAAUACAUAACCAAGCCGGAUCGACGCAAAUUGGCAGCACGCCUGAAUCUGACAGAUGCUCAGGUCAAAGUGUGGUUCCAGAAUCGACGCAUGAAAUGGCGUCACACGCGGGAGAAUCUAAAAAGCGGACACGAGAAGCAGCCACAGCCCCAGGGGCCAAUGGGCUCCAGCAAUAGCGCGACGAAGCCAUUGCUGAUCCCUUCCGGAGCUGGAGCUGGAGCUGGAGCAAGGCCACACGAGCUAUUGGACUAUAGCUCGGACAGUUGCUCCAGCGUGGAGCUCAGUGAACGAGCCGAAGACGAUGAUAACAUUGAAAUCGAUGUAGUUGAAUAACCACAAGUCAAUAUAUAAAUAUAUCUAUUUUAUAAUAUUUAGUAUAU